AUGGACUUAAUUGGGAAAAUUUUCCCAGCUUCUUCAAAAGCGCAUUCUUAUCUAUUGGUGGCCACUGAUUACUUUACCAAAUUGGUGGAAACGGUGCCCUUAAAAGUGGUGACACAAAUUCAAGUCAUUGAGUUCUUAAAAAAGAAUAUGAUUCAUAGGUUUGGUUUACCCCAGUCUAUUACUGUCGAUCAAGGCACAAUGUUCAAUGGGGAUAAGAUUAAGGGGUUUGCCAUAGAAUAUGACAUUCAGAUAUUGAAUUCCCUAUCCUAUUACGCCCAGGCAAAUGGGCAAGCUGAGGCAACAAACAAGGUUGUCAAGAAUACUUUAAAAAGAAUGAUUGAGGACAAUCCUAGGGAUUAA